AUGGCGCAGUCCGAAUAUCAGCUACCGAGGCCUACAUCACGUUACCGGAUCGGUUCUGGAGGCGACUCUGUUGCGCUGAAUAAUGCUGGCGAUGGAUCUAUGAAUGACGCCGGCAAAUAUGCCGGCAAAUAUGCUGGUGAUUACGCCGGUAAUUAUGCUGGUAAUUAUGCUGGCAACUACGCUAGGGCUGAUGAGGACGACUACGGUCGGGAAGAGCACGACUACGCUGGGGAAGAGGACGACUACGCUGGGGAAGGGGUGGAGUACAGCAACGUUCAGCCUCGACCCGGUCUCUCUCCUGGCGGCGGUCACUUCGGUUCAAGUCCCUUCGGUUCAAGUCCCUUCGGUUCAAGUCCCUUCGGUUCAAGUCCCUUCGGUUCAAGUCCCUUCGGUUCAAGUCCCUUCGGUUCAAAUCCCUUCGGUUCAAAUCCCUUCGGCUCAAGUCCUUUUGGCGCUAGUCCUUUCGGCGUAAGUACUUACCGCGGAUACUCCGAUAGUCCGUACAGCCAGUACGAGCCUUUCUCCAGACCCCUAGAACAACAGUCGAAAGGCGCCUACCGACACGACUUCCCUACUGCCGGCUUCCGGCCGGAUACCUAUGCCAACACCUAUGGGGCUGAUAUCUACGCGGGCAACACCUACGGAGCUGGCGCGUACGGAGCUGACACCUUCGACCAUAUCCAUCGCAUCGACCGGCGCGACGGCGAGCCGAAAGCCACCGACGGGGAACCUUUCGGUUUCACACCCGGUCUCGUCCGUCCGAGUGUCGCUUCGCUCGUGCGCGUUGUGGGACGGGAGCCAUACCUGAGUGCGCCCCGAGUAUAUCCCGUUGAGGAGCCGCCGAGCGACCUGGACCUCUUCGCCAACCACCCCUCCGCCAUACACCAAGUCAACAUGGGUUCCCUGGUCGCCUCUCCCUUCAGCGCCGGGGACGCGGAAUUCUAUUACCCCAAACGCAGCGUCCUGUACGGAGCUUCACCCCCACGCCGUGGCUCAGACCGAGACCCUCGCCCAGACCGUCCCGAUCGGGAGGCGAGUCGUGAAGGGCCGACGUCGUCUACUCGCGCCGCUGCGACCCGCUCCUUCUCCACUCGAGGAGGCCGCGACGGCGCUACCAGCGGCUUUGCAGCUGAGGGUCGACGGCGUCCCGCAGACGGCGGGCGCCCUGUAGGGGGUGGGCGUCCUAUAGACGGCGGGCGUCCUGCAGACGACGGGCGUCCUGCAGACGGCGGGCGUCCAGUAGAGGGUGGCUUGGAGGUGCGGUUGCCGGGAUUGCGGCGACUGACGGAGGCCGCGGCGGCGUUGUGUGGUUUCGCUGGCGAAGGGUUGCUGGGUCGUUAUGUAGCGACAGUGAACGGCGUAGCGGACUUGGUAACUUGCCAGCAGCAGUGCCAGUUGUAUUCGGACCCUGCGCUGGUUGCGGGUUGUCGUGAAGCGGCGGACGGGGUCACGGUCACGAACGCCACCGUGUGUGUGGCAGUCACCUACUCCAAGGUCGACGGCCGUUGCACCUUGCUCGGAGACGUGAAGGCGGCUGUCGCCGCCAACGACUUCGACAGCCUCCCCGUCGCCUGUAACUCCGCUUACAACACUGCGCACAAGUCCGAGUCGGGUACCAACACGCUGGGAUCUGAGACGAAUGAAUCGGAGUCCAACUCGUCGCCCAACACAUCUGGGUUGGGCAGCGACGGAUCAGACGCGGCGGGGGUACCGUUCCAGAUGGAGGCUGAGGCGUUACGUGCGUUGCAGGCGGAUGGUGAGGCGUGGCGAUGCGUGACGGGUGCUGGGUUGUCGCCAGUGGCGGCAACGCUGAGUCAGAUGGCGUUUUCGUCAUUGGGGGAGGACUUGUGGAGCGCGUCACAGGAGGCCGCGACGCGUUUAAGGACGGAUGUGGCGCAGGUGAUUAAGGCGUAUCCGAGUCUGCCGGAAUUGAACACGACGCGCGUGACACCGGACUUGACGAAUGUGCGCGAAAAUGUGUUCUAUCAAGUAGGCAACGCACUUGCUCGGCCACACACUAUGACCGCGGCAGGCACGCCUUUCGCCUUCCCGCGAGGUGUCCAAGAUUGGCGUGAGUGUGCGCUGCUCUGCGACGUAGCGCGGAAAGAUUGCCAAGCCUGGACAUUCGUCCAAUAUCCUAACACCCAAGAUGGCGCCUGCUACCUGGCCUCCACCGACCUCUAUCCUGCCGUCGUAGGACCAGACAGCGGACUCACUGUCAUCGGCGGUACCGCAUUCGAUGAACUACCCACUUACCUCUUUGGAAAUUCAAAACGAAGACAACUCGACCUCGCCAACGAACCACUCCUCGCCGCCAGCAACAACCUCUCGGCUGCUCUUAGCGCCCUCACUAACUCGAGCGCCUCCGGCACAGCUUCCGAUACUGUUCAAGACACUUUUAGUGGCUCGUGUCACUUCGUCAACUACCCUGGUUAUUUAUUCCGAACUGGGAACGAUACGACGUCGACCACAUUGGGCUCAAAUCUUUACUCGCUGGCAGCGACGGACUUGACGUACUGCGCGCAGGCGUGCAGCGUCACGACGGCCUGUGUCGCGUACCAGUUCAUCCCGACCGCAGUUACGAAUCUUUCUCCAGCUUUACAGCGUAUUUCACAAACAAGCUGUCUGCUGUUCUCCGACUUGGGAGCGGCCCCUAUUCUGCACUCUAGCGAUCCGUUGAUAGGGUCGGGCUUCAUCUCGUGUGGAGGCGAUGGAGCUGCGGAACAGCGAGAGGCGGAGAAGCCGAUUGCUCAAAUGAUCGCAGCUUCCGCCACCCGACUACCUAAUACACUACAGCAGAGAUCCAUCGCGUACCAACGAGAAGUCCGACGCACUUGCACUUCGUCAGCACCUUGGGCCGAGGGCUAUUCCCUCAAGGGCAAGCUCCUCUCCGACCAAGCCAACCUCAUCAAACAGAUCCAGUCGUCCAACGCCUGCGAUGACUACUGCAGAAAUGUCCAAGGCUGCGAGGGCUGGACCUACGGCACCACAUGGGGCUCCUGCUAUCUCUUCCAGUCAGCGGAUGAGUAUGUCCGUGACGCCGAAACGGUUAGCGGUCAAGUCAAGUGCGUCCGAAGUCUCCAGGUCUCAAGCUCCGACCUCUCAAGCUCCGACCUCUCAAGCUCCGACCUCUCAAGCUCCGACCUCUCAAGCUCCGACCUCUCAAGCUCCGACCUCUUGAGCGCCGAGCGGGAGGCGGAAUCCGUGUGGGAAUCCGAGUCGACCGAGCCUGAGCCGUUGACGGACGUGGGCGAGGUACGGUCGCUUAAGGAUUGCGGGCGUCAUCGCAUGAAUGGGCUGUAUCGUGAUGGGAUCAUUCUUGCGAGUCAUACGGACAUUGACAAUGCCGAUCAGUGUUUCCGCAAGUGUCGUGAAUCGCAUGGCUGUAACUACAUGUCGUUCAUUCCGGAGGGUGCGACAGUGAACACGGCUUCGACUGAGCCUACGGUAACGCCUGCGUGUAUCUUAUUGCGGGACGUGAAGGACCCUAGUUAUACACUGAGCAGUGUGGGUACAUAUGCGUCGGAGAUGAUUUGUGACGCGACGGGUACGGCUUUGAGUAAGGAAGGUGGUCGUGAUGAUAAGGCUAGUGGUGGUCCCGGUUUAAAACCCCUUUGGGUGGCGAUCGGCAGCUCCGGUGGUGUGGGAUUGGCGGUAGUGGCAGUGUUGGUUUACCUUCGCAAAAAGGGCUCUGAUUCCGACUUGGACUCCGAUUUGUCUAGCGACUCGGAAAGCCAGUCAUUUGAACCCACCGGCGAGCAACUCCUGGCCACCGAACCCCCCGCCGAUUUCCCCUCCGAGAUCCACUGCGACGUCGAGGAACGUCCCAUCACCGCAAAAAAUGCCGUCAUUGUCCGCUUCGCGCUCGAGACUGAUGAGUCACCGGAUAGUGCCAGAGAACCUGGCAGUGAACCUGGUACCUGCAUCACUAUGCGCACUGAAAGCAACUAUAGCCCAGACACCGCCACUGCCCGUAAGCCGGCCUGA